CAGGAGAUCAGUGAACACAAGGGACACCUAUUCAACUGUCAGCUCCAGACUGCCUUAGCUGCUACCUGGCCCCACUUAGGAGCUGUCCGUUCAAGGUCAGUGCUGAACCCAGGCGAACUAAAAAGUGUGUACAGGCCCUGAAGACAUCAACCAAGAAUCAGGGUCUGAAAGAGAAAGAGAGCGGGCCAUCGAGCAAGAACCAUAUCCUGCCAUGUCCGUCCUUAAUGCAGUACCGUUCAUGAAACCAAUCCACAUUCGGUCACCUCGCCAGCAGAGACGACACACACUGCCUGCCAGUGAAUUCCGAUGCCUUUCUCCAGAAGACGCAAUCAGUGUUUUUGAAAUCGAGAGAGAAGCCUUUAUAUCUGUGUCUGGGGAAUGUCCCCUCCAUCUGGAUGAAGUCAGGCAAUUCCUGACACUGUGCCCGGAGUUGUCACUGGGAUGGUUUGAAGAAGGGAGGCUUGUGGCAUUUAUCAUCGGGUCCUUAUGGGAUCAGGACAAGCUCAGCCAGGAUGCCCUCACCCUGCACAAACCCCAUGGCUCUUCUGUGCACAUUCACGUCCUUGCUGUCCAUCGCACAUUCCGGCAACAAGGCAAGGGUUCCAUCCUUCUGUGGCGUUACCUGCAGUACCUGCGCUGUCUGCCUUUUGCACGGCGGGCCGUGCUCAUGUGUGAAGAUUUUUUGGUUCCCUUCUACUCCAAAUGUGGCUUCAAAGCUGUGGGUCCCUGUGACAUUACCGUCGGCCCGCUGGCUUUUAUUGAGAUGCACUGUCCGGUCAGAGGUCACGCCUUUAUGCGCAGAAAUAGUGGAUGCUAGCCCCUUUCAUUGCAAACUCUAAUGUUAUUAAUUCCUUUGCUUAUCAAAUGUUGCGACACAUUGCAGGGCAAUAGGAUUCAACCUCUGUGCUACCAAAGGGAUUAAUAAAUUCACUGCAGGGGCUAUCCUUAGCGUUCCAUUCAUCAAAAGGUUAAGACCAUAAGGCAGUGA